CCCCCGGCCUUCCCACUCGUCAUGAUGAAACAAAUUAACACCCGGGGGAGGAGGCUCCACCGGCGCUACCCUGUGAUUGCUGCCAUGUCAUGGACUCGUCCUCCGGCGGGCGUGUUGGAUCAUGGCCCCCGUGGAUCCGUGGGAGGUAGGGAUCGCGGAAGGUGCGGAACAAUUACUUAACUGACGGGCAAGACGGACCUGCUCGCAUGGAUUGCCUUCCUAAACGUUCCCCCUAAACCUGUUACCCACAGUACACGACCUGUGAGCCACUGGGUGUGAACUUCUCAGAGCUUUAGUACGGCAAUAAGAGGAUCAAUAUCAAUGCGAUACCUGCGUCAUCUCAUCGCCGCAUGGGGACUCCUCAACUCUGGCUCCAACCAGGCCAGAGCACACCCCCUAGCGGCAGCCAGGUCAGAAGCACUGGCGCCGGUCCUGAACGUGGACUUCCCAGACCCGUCCAUCCUUCAAGACUCGGACGGGAAAUGGUACGCCUUCGCCACCAACGGGAACGGCAAGCAAGUCCAGGCAGCAUCGGCACCGGCGCCCCAGGGCCCGUGGACGCUCCUGGACACGGACGUCAUGCCGGACCCAGGCCCGUGGACGACGGGCAAAAACACGUGGGCCCCCGACGUCCGGAAGAUCGCCGACGGCCGCUACGUGCUGUUCUAUUCGGGCGAGUCGACGGCGGGGACGCCGGGGCAGCACUGCGUCGGCACGGCCACGUCGGGGUUCGUCCUCGGCCCGUACACUGCCAGCUCCCAGCCGCUGAGCUGUCCCCUGGACCAGGGAGGCGCCAUCGACCCGGCUGGAUACUUUGACGAGGCGACGGGCACGAGAUGGGUCGUGUAUAAAAUCGACGGCAACAACAAGGGCAACGGCGGGGACUGCAACAACGGCGUCGCGCCCAUUCACAGCACGCCGAUCAUGCUGCAGCAGAUGUCGGCCGACGACUGGGUGACGCCCGUGGGGUCGGCGACGCAGAUCCUCGACCGCACCGACGCCGACGGCCCGCUCGUCGAGGCGCCGAGCCUCGCCCGCGCGCCCGACGGCACCUACGUGCUGCUGUACAGCUCGCACUGCUACUCGUCGGCCGAGUACGACGUCAAGUACGCCACCUCGGCCAGCAUCGCCGGGCCGUACGAGCGCGGCGCGGCCCCGCUGAUCGGGACGGGAGACCUCGGGGGCUUGGCUUCGCCCGGUGGCGCUACGAGUGCGCCGGGCGCGGACCGGUUGGUCUUUCAUGCCAACUGUCCUGCGGGGAGGUGCAUGUUUUACAGUGGGCUUUCCGCGUCAAAAGACAAGGUGUUGUUAAGCACCUGAUGAGAGUGGGUUCGUCUGUUAGCCGACCGCCUUGUGGCUUAAAAAAUAUGAAGUAAAAAGAUUGUGAAUGGAACCAGUUGCGUGAUUAUAUGCGCGUACCAAAAGUGGCGCGAAGAAUGGAGUGCU